UGUGCUGUUGCUAGGGGACAAUGAUAAACAUUUGGCCAAUCAGCAUCGAUUAAUUCAAUGUCUGUGGGGCUCAAAAUUUCACCUCGUAAAGUUUCGGGACUCCAUGGCGGUAAAGUUGAUCAUGGCGACGAUGGAAAGCUGGCUUAGACCGAAUCCCCACCUUGACUGACAAAACUCGGCGUUGGAGGUGUUUGAAUCGGAGCAGACGGACUGGGAUGUAGGCACCGCCGAGACCGACGCUCCCUCUCCCGGACUGACAGGCCAAUCGCAAGCCACGAUUCGCCCUGCCUCUGAAUCUCUCUCUCUCUCUCCCUCAUCCUCUCUCGCUCUCUCUCUCCAGUUUCAUUCCUUAGCGCUCUGCUCGUGUAUCCCCUCCUCCUCUUCCUACUUCUCCUCCUCCUCCUCCUCACACCUUUUGGUCAGAAGAGGAAGAGGAAGCCCAGCCCAGGGAGAGACGCUGAGAGGAUGAAACUCUGACACGCCGGCAGACCACAGGGAAACAAGAGCACAACUAUGCUCAAUCAGCCCAGAGCUGAAUUCAAUCGUCACAAAUGGAGCAGGAGAAUGUCCAGACGGGUUACUGAAGCUUUGAUUUGUGGUUAUAAGGAAGGUCUAAUGAAAUCCUGGAGUGUGUUGAAGCCUGAACGAAGCAAACGGACCGGGCCGACUUCUGCUUCUGUUAGUAACACAUAAGAAGAGAAGUUAAAGGACAAAAAAGCAACAGAAAGUCUGAAGGUACGGCGACGUGUCGGCUAGCCGGCUAACAAUAACUGGAACAUCAGGCUCCAGUAAAGCUGCAAGCGGUGCAAAAAGAACAGAGGAGGAGACUGGCUCAGAUUGAAAUGAAUUCCAGUUUGGGCCAUGAUGGAUGCAUGGAAACAUCCCAGUGCAGCUGUUAGUGGGCUGUCAGACAGAUGAGGAAGCUUUACAAAGGCAGAUAAUUGCUUGGAAAGAAUCACCCAGGAAGGUCAGCCAAGUCUCCCGCUGUAGGUGCCAAAGUGAGAUCUCCAGGACUACAAUUACUCUGGCUGCAGAGCAAAGUGAAUGACAGCGACCCUGCUCACCCAGGACUCGGAUCUCUGCAGUGACAACUGAUUUCCAACUCCUAGAGCCUCCCAACAGGUUGUAUCUGACGGAGGAACCGGUGCCGCGCUCCCAUCCUCGCGCUCCUCCAACAACAACAACACUGUUCUUCAGCACCUGUGGCAGCAGCAGCGAGUCGCGUGACCCCGCUCCAGGCCGACCGGCUUCACCUGUACAUGGAGACCCCCAGCUGGGCAGGAAACACGUUGUGUAAGUCAGGAAGCAUUGCCGUCUUCGGGAACGUGGUGUACAGCGGACUGCUGAACGAUCACCUCUGGCAUUUGGGAGUGCCCCUCUUUACGAGACUGGGUAACCAAGAGGCCACCAACCCUCCUGAAGCAAUGGCCCAGCCCUACACCCCCGCCCAGUACCCGCCUCCCCCACAGAAUGGCAUCCCUGCAGAGUUUGCGGCGCCGCACCCGCUCCCGACGCAGGACUACACCGGGCAGAGCCGGGUGCCCGAGCACGCCAUGACCCUGUACACGCCCACACAGACGCACAGCGAGCCGGCCGGCACUGACAACAGCACGCCCGCCAUCACCGCCACCACGACCGCACCGGUCAGUGCCCUUCACCACCUGCAAACACUGUUCUCAACACGCUGUCAGCAAACAGAUGACGUGACGCAAACAGAGGGAUCUCAGCAGCUCCAGCUCCAGCACUCAGACUCUUCAGAGAAGCAGCAGCCAAAAAGGUUACAUGUCUCCAACAUUCCCUUCCGCUUCCGGGACCCAGAUCUGAGGCAAAUGUUCGGGCAAUUUGGAAAGAUUUUAGAUGUGGAGAUUAUCUUUAAUGAGCGAGGAUCCAAGGGCUUUGGGUUUGUAACUUUUGAAACAAGCACAGACGCCGAUCGUGCGCGAGAGAAACUAAACGGUACAAUCGUAGAGGGACGCAAAAUCGAGGUGAACAAUGCAACCGCACGAGUGAUGACAAACAAAAAGGUGGCCAACCCUUACACAAACGGCUGGAAGCUGAACCCGGUCGUCGGAGCCGUGUACGGUCCUGAACUGUAUGCCGUAACAGGGUUUCCCUACCCUGCCACAGGCGCUACGGUGGCCUACAGGGGUGCCCACUUGCGGGGACGGGGACGAGCCGUGUACAACACGUUCCGCACAGCUCCGCCUCCGCCACCCAUCCCUGCUUACGGAGCGGUGGUGUACCAAGAUGGCUUCUAUGGCGCAGAGAUCUAUGGCGGCUAUGCAGCAUACAGAUUUGCCCAACCCACCACCACCGCUGCUUACAGUGACAGCUAUGGCAGAGUCUAUGCAACAGCAGACCCCUACCACCACACGAUUGGCCCUGCUGCCACAUACAGUGUGGGGACCAUGGCUAGCCUAUACAGAGGAGGGUACAGUCGCUUCACUCCCUACUAAAAGAAAGAAAAAAAGCGAGAAAAGACAGAGAGACAUUACCCCAAACAAAAAAACAAACUAUCUUUAGAAGGAAAAAAAAAGUCAAACACGUAACAAGCGAACAGCCGGUCCUUGGUGGAGAGCUAAAUCAGACAAAAAGCUUCCAGGUCCACAUGCUGAGCCCCUCCCCUGACUCCCUCUACAACAACCUCUUUGAUGUCAUCAUUGGUCUGCUCUUGUUUUGUAUUCAUUUUGUGCUUCUGGUUUUCUUUUGGAAACUUUUAUGCACAUGUGCAUUAUCUUGAUUGCUGUAUAUGGGUGCUGUGUCACCAUAACCAAUGUGAGCCUACUGCAGCACGCAUGGUGCAUGCUCAGAGGUGUGUGUAUGCAGCCGCUGUCAUCUGACUGAGAAUGCACCGGGUUGUUUCUGUCUCACACACAACAAGCAGAAAUCAGGUCACUUCAAUCCACUUCUUAACAGAAAUGACGCUAACUGAACCGAACCUGGUGAUUCUUAGCUCAAAGACAGCGCUGCUCUGACUGCUUUGAUUUUUUUAUUCCUUUUUUAACCUUAGAGUGUCCUACUGUUGUGCACUUGCAGUGGAGCCUUACAAGCUGUACAAUGUGGUAUGACAGCAUGCAGAGUUAAGGGUCAUGAAGGUCAGAUUUCUGUUUUGGGACUCACACGGAGGCCCGGUCUGCUGCAAAUCGCCGUACAUGCAGCUAUUCUGCAGCAGCGAGUGUUUCAGGGGAGUAACGCCGGCGGGUUGCGUUCAGGGCAGCAUGGAAAAUAAAGUAGGAGCAUCGGCGUUGCCCGGCGGCAGCGUGGAUUCCCGUCUCGGCUAAUGCUCGGUGGUUUUCCUAAUACCUGGUGGAAGUUAUUGGUGUUGAAACCAAACCGAAUGAAGCGUGCACUUUGAGUUGUUUCAACUUUUGUUUGCUAAGCGUCUCCUAAACGCUCGUACCAGAAGAGAUGGAGUUCUCCUGAACAUGUCGCUAAACGUAACGCAGCAAAGCAUGCAGGAGCAGAAUCUGUGUUAUUAAAUAAAACCCAUGAAAAAUCAGUAGAGACUGUAGCCUGUAAAUAAGAUUUAUUACACGACUGUUGUAAUGGAUUACUGUAGAGAAAUUAGAUUAGCGGAUCGACACAAGUUGCUUUAAGAACUUUGCUUGCUGCUGUUAUUGCAUAUUGAGCUUCUCUGGUUUUUUGAUUUUCAUUAGAGCGAAACCGGCACUUUGAAGACGUCGCCUUUGACUCUGGAGAAUCAAGAUAAGAAGGUGGCGUUAGCGUUGCAGUUUGCAGGCAGUUCCUCCCCUUAAACCGCCGUCUGAGCGAAUUAGCUGCAUGGGGGCUGAGUUUGCAGCAGACUCGGCCACAUAUCCUCACUAUUAACAUCAAGUCGCACACGCACAGUAAAGACACGGCGCAGAGGAGGGGCGAACCCUCCGCCCGUCACUGGGAUCUUUUCUUUAAGCAUUGCACAAAAUGUUUUACCUCAGGAUAAGCUAACUAAAGUUCACAAACUAAGAUCCAGAGCUGCUCACUCCUCAGCAUUCAGGACAAUUGUUUUCUUCCGCAACCAGCACGCUCCGCCUCUACGGAGCCCAGAUGUUAUUAUUAUUUUCUGUUAGAGACCCCAGGAGAGAACGAUAAAAUAAGACUGUACUGUUCUGAGCUACAGCUUCUGUAAUAUAUAGAUAGACAUUUACUGUAUAAGACAUUUUACACAGGAAGAUAUAACCCAAAAGCACCCAGGCGUUAGGAGAUGUAGAGCUAGUCCACAUCCAGUCAUUGGCUUCUACUUGUGAUUCUACGUGAUUUAAAGGAAAUCUCUGUGUAGCUACUGUUAGCUGGUUUCAGUGCAGCUAUGGGAAAAAUCAAAGCUAUUGCCAAUAAUAUUUACUUUACAUGUACUCACACAAGUGUUUGUGAUCUCAAAAAAAAUGUCUGUUGCACUUUGGGUUUUUUUUUUUAUUUCUUUGAGAUGUAACAUAUUUAUGAAAUCUCAUAUACAGCUAGUCAUGUUUAGUCAAAAUGUUAAAAUGACAGAGUAAUGUUGUAUAUCCGAAAAAAAAGAAAAGUAGCUCAUUAUCUCAUGAGUCAAAGAAGAUCUUUAUGUGGAUAUAAAAGAGAAAAAAACAUUGUUCUUCCUUUUCUAUGCUAGUGUGAAUGCCCCCCGACAUUCAGGGGUUUUAUAAGGAGCAAAACAAACUUUGAGAAUUAUUUUUAGCAAACAGUUUCAUGAGUGGGUGUCCAGUCAGUGGCCACCAUUAGCAAGCUAGCCUGGAAUGAAACCCACCUCUUUUCUGUCUUUCUGAUCUGAAUGUGUGUGCCUAUGAUGUGCUCUAUAGAUAUAAAAUAUAUAUGAAUAUGCAUCAGAAUGUUUGACUGUGAUGGAGGAAGGAAACGAACAGGAAGAGAGCGUGACUUCACUCAGAGUCCCUGGAAUAACAUCACCACGUCUCCAAACAAAUCAUUUUACAUUUUCAUCAAAUGUCGACAUUUUUCUGUUCGUUUAGCAACAGCUGUAAGAAUAUAACAUUAUUACGACGCCUGCAGAAGGAUGAUAAGCAUUUUCUUUACCAUCUCCUUCAUAAAUAAGAAAAAUGUAACUAUGUUUUUCAUAUUUAGCCCUCAGAUAAAAAGCUUCUGUUGGUCAAUAACCGUUUACAGAAUCAUUUUCUAAACUUGGACUGUUUAGAAAAUAUGAAAUCUUUGUAGUGAUUUUCUUAUCUGACUUUAGCUUUUUUAAAUAGCAUUUUCUCACAUAAAAAUAAUUUAUAAGUAGUAAGUUAUCUGUUGUAUUUCUAGACGUAAAGAAAUGUUUUCUGUAAAUAGAUAUUUGUAGAGUAUUUGGACUUUCUCAGCAGCCUCAUAUAAAACUGUUUUCUGGUUUUACAAACAUUUCUGAUUAUCAUUUCAUCAACCCAAAUCAGAUUAAAUUUAGCUUGUUUUUCUCUGAUUGGUCCAAACCUUUUGUCACCUGGGCCAAAGUUCAAAAUAAACAUCCAAUAUGUUAAUGAAACACAUAAAGUAGUCAGAUUUUAGGAGUGUAUGUGUUGAAUAUUAAAGAUCCAAAACUUAUCAUGGGUUUUGCAAAUUUAACAAAAUUUCUAGGUAUCAAUAGGUCAAAAUUGAGUCAGUUCUGACCAAUAAAGUCAGUUUUUAAGUUUAAUAAAUUAAUUAAAAGCAGAUUUUGGUGCAGCUUUUGCAUAAAAGUGAUGUGGAACUUACAAGAGAAAGCAAAAAGUCUGAUUAUUUAAAGCCAAAUAACUGGUGACGUUGCCAAUAUUUUAAUUGGCAAUAGUUGGAGAUUUUACUUGUGAUCAAUUUGCCGCAAUUAAAAAUAGAAAGUCAACCCUGCUUUAAGACAAAGGCACCAACAGAAUUAAACAGAUUUAAUUUUAUAAAGCUCCAUUUCUGUCUGGAUCUGGACCAAACAGAACAAUUUGAGGAAAAUGUCACCAGUUGAUAUUUCCUGAUAUUUUGGCAACCAGGAAAUCUUCUGGACAUGAAGAGUUUAAAGCUUCAGUGUCAGAGAAAAAAUGGCUGCUCUCAUCCAUCAGUCUAAUUACCAGAGCAGCUGCAGGUUGAUGCAAAGACAAAGAUCAAACUCUUAACCUCCAACAUGAAGGAGGAAUUUAUCACAGGAGCGCUGAAGUGGUCCAUCAAGCAUCCACUACUUUUUAUAUCAGUGUUAUUUGCAGACAAAUAUUAAAAUCAGAAUGAUGACUGAGGCUGUGUUUAAAUGUUUCAUUCUGAAUUUUCAUGGAAACUGUUGCUCUGGUAAUUUUAAAAGGAGCUUAAUUAGUUUGGAGAUGUUUUAUUCUGUAAAUAGAUUACGGCUUUAAUAAUAGUUUCUCCCAAUGAUUUGUGGUUCAUACUGCUGAAAUGGACUUUUUAAUCCAUUAUGGUCAUCAGAGUGUGGUGAUACACUAAUUCGCUUUUGGUAAUUACACUGAAUGUUAAAGCAUUAGCAUAUGCGAUGCAAUUAAGAGGAAAUGGAGAUGUGUUUGUGAAUGUAAGUUAUCCCGACAAACAUCCCGCUGCGAGGGAAACGUUUUGCUUUUUCCCCUGAUGUGAUGUUAUUUCCGGGACGAGUGGGUCGUUGUCAGAGCCGCUCCUAACAGUCUGCACGGGUUUGUCAACAGUUUACAGAAAAAGUUCCAAUUAGCUGCUUCAAUGUCAGCUUAUCAAGGCUUAAAUGUUAUAGAUAUAAUAUUAAUUAGCAUUCUAUAGUGUCAAGAUCUAAUGCAUUUUAUCAUGCUUACAGUAAGUCAAAUGUGAAUUUAUAGUACAAAGACUCUAACUUUUAGGUUUGUUUGCUUUUGUUGUACUUUACCAGCUUAAUAUGCAACCAGUUCUCUAUUUGAUCCACCUGUUUACACUUAUUAAUAGUAGUACUGAGCUAUGUUUACAUAUGAGAAGAAAAUACUCUUUAUGCAUCGUUUAUAUUUACAAGUAUUCACUAAGCCCUGAUAAGCUGGCAGGUGAGUUUAUUAAUCCACCUAAAAAUAUUUGUACAAAAGAAAACCAAGCAAAAACGUCGCAGCACCUGUAAAUACAUUUAAAUGUAUAUACACACAAACUAUAUCAUGAUUCUCUGAGUAACUGUUUUAUAUGUAUUCCUAUAUGAAGUGGGGUUAUAUGUGUAUUUUCAACUUAGCUCAACCUGUUCUUGAACUCUGUCAUUUCUAUAAUGAGAAUAUAUUGUCUGAAAGGUGUAAAGUAAUUUUCUUUGAGAUUAAUUUCAUAGGUAAAAGGUUUACUAUAAUGAAACUUUUAGUUAUUCUUGAGAUCUUUCUGUUGUCAGUAUGUGACAUAUAAGUAACCACUGAUUGUUUUCUGAGUGUCAGAAUAAAGCAGUUAUAAGAACA